AUGAGUUUCAGAAAUUAUCAAGAUAAAAUAAACGAAGGAGAUACAGUUAUUCUGUAUAUAAGUAAUAACUUGUAUGCAAUCGACGUACAACGUGAAAUAAAGAAUAAAAAGGGGGAACUAGUUGAUAAUGUUUUUCAAUCUCCUGUUGGUGCAUUAAAAGUCAGAACUCUAAUUGGAGUGGAUUAUGGAAGUCGAGUUGAGCUUUCGAAAGGCUGGGGCCAUGUUUUACAGCCUACUCCAGAGCUAUGGUCAUUGACUUUACCACAUCGGACACAGAUCCUAUAUACCCCUGAUAUCAGUAUGAUCCUAUUGCAACUUGAUUUAGUACCAGGGUCAGUUGUCAUUGAAGCAGGUACUGGGAGUGGUUCACUAACCCAUGCUUUAAUAAGAAGAGUAAGACCUCAUGGCCAUGUCCAUACAUUUGACUUCCAUGAGCACAGAGCAAAACUUGCUCAAGAAGAGUUUGAAGCACACGGGUUAGCUGAUUUUGUCAGUGCUAAGCAUCGUGAUGUGUUAGCUGAUGGUUUUGGUGAAGAAUUAAAAAGCAAAGCUGAUGCAGUUUUCCUUGACCUGCCAAGUCCUUGGAUUGGUGUUCCCCAUGCACUUGCAGCUAUUAAAGAUCAAGGAGGCAGAUUCUGCUCAUUCUCCCCGUGCAUAGAACAAGUACAGAGGACAUGCCUUACGCUUGAAGAGCAUGGCUUCCAAGAAGUAUCUACUAUGGAAGUGUUACAGACGGAAGUCAAGGUGACCAAGAGAACGAUCCCUGUAAGAGAUUUGUCUUUCCUUAAACAAAAGAGUUCCGAGUGUCCAGUUGAAGAGAAACCUAACAGCGAAACGAGCUACGUGGUGGGGACCUGGCCUCAGAGCACUCCCGGACAUACCGGCUAUCUCACUGUAGCGACAUUACCACCUGUUUUUGCUAGGAACAAAGCAAAGAAAUCAAAAAUUGAAACGUCUGAAGAAAUUUCUACAGAAAAUGGCAAUAAGGGCGUGCUUUGA